GGUCCGAGAGCCAAUAACUCUACUAGUUACGGAGUACGAAAGCAGAGAACUGGUGUUCGGUAGUAGAAUAGAUCCCAUGGCGACAAUAGUACAGUGUCUUUCUUCCUGUGCGACCCUCAAUUCCAAAUUCAAAGCCCUUUCUAUUAACGGAGCUUCUUCAUCAUCAUCAUCUCCAACUUCUUCCUUCUCCACUCGUCGUGGUGUCUGCUCCUCCCUUAGCUUCGCUCAGAGCGUUUCUCAAUGUGUCGCCUUCUCCUCCGGGACUAUGUGGGUACAGAAGAAGCCAGUGAGGCAUUCGAUUGUGUGUGAGGCUGCUCCCACGAAGAAAGCUGAUUCAGCUGCCAAGAGAGCUCGCCAAGCCGAGAAGAGGCGCGUUUACAACAAGUCUAAAAAAUCUGAAGCCCGCACACGUAUGAAGAAGGUCUUGGAAGCACUCGAUGGGCUCAAGAAGAAAGCAGAUGCGGUACCUGACGAGAUUGUGACGGUGGAGAAACUAAUAGGAGAGGCUUAUUCUGCAAUAGACAAAGCAGUCAAGGUUAGAGCGCUACACAAGAACACUGGUGCACGUAGGAAGUCUCGGCUGGCUAGGAGGAAAAAGGCAGUUGAGAUCCACCACGGUUGGUAUGUCCCUGCCACAGCUCAAGCAGCAGAAGCUGCCACCAUGGCUGCGUAACAACAUGGACAGAGAUAAUGGUUUUUUUUUUUUUGUCAUGUAAAAUUCAAUCGCUUUCAGACUCUUAUUUGUGUACUUUUGGCUCAAAGCUUUGCCUUGGUCUGGUUUAAUAACUCAAUGCUUCUCCUA